GAAAAGCGGGGGACACUUGUACUGUGUUUUGCACCUUGACCCCGGAGGAGUGCUAUUCUUUUUAGUUCUAUACAUGUAUAGGGUUGAAUAACAAUUGAAUUUGAACUACUGACCACACUGUACCUUUUAGUGAUUCAAUCCUGCCUGUAGGAUUGUGAUGGCAUAUUGUCUGUAAGAUACAGUAUAUUUCUGUAAGAAUUACAGUGAGAAGCUGACACACAGCCACUGAAGCAAUUCUUGCAACAUUGGUCCCCUGAUGUUUGUGUAGACGAUUUAGCCAGAUUAAUUGUGCUGGGAGCAAUGUUGUCAUAUCAGAAUUAGCAAAAUUGGUUGAUUAGGCUGAUUAUAUUCUUUAUAUGAGUAAACAUAGCAACGGCAGGCUUGCUCCUCCAUUUCAAGGACAUUUAAAAGUCAACCAGUUUGGCGAAUCUGGAGUAACAUAUGGGUCAGACUGGUAUGGAUUUCCUCCUCUGAAAGAGGAGGCAGAGCCAACUGCAUUGCCUCGAAUUACGUGCACUUAGACAUGAGAAAAGCAUAUGCUGGAAAUAUAUCAGUGUGUCGGUAGGUAAUUUGGCUACCGUAAAUUAUCCUUUAAUGUUAACUUAGUCAUAAUAGGUGCAAAAAGGAGAGUUGACGUUGAAGAAUAAAUUCCGGAGCAAAAUCGAGGGCAAUGGGGAUCCUUCUUCCAGUCGAGAUCCGAUGGGUUUAUGUAAACAAGAGACUUGAGAGACACAAUUAACGUCUCAUGUUGAUUAGUUUUUUUCGCAGCUGUGUAAUCCUGUGCCCACUUAAUCACUCUGAUUGAAAUGCUCUCCCUCACAACUUCUUUCAUAAAAUCACAUUAUUGAGUUGGGAUUGUUUAUAGGUGCUUUCCGUUACAAACUUCCCCUUAUGGAUGAAGCAAAGGGAGAGGGGUGAAGUUUUGAUUUUAGCCUGGGAACGCGGCUGUGCACUGCGCUGUCUUUGCUGAGGGGAGUGCGCCAGGCGGGCUCCGCCUCAGAAUGGCGCCAUGCAGUGUUGCGGCCAAUGGGCGUCGUACGCCGCGGAGGCGGCCGGGAGCUGUAGUUGGUUGUCAGACUAUGCGCGCGCGAUUGCGCAACGAGUGGAGCAACGGCUAGGGGCGGGCGGUUGCGCACCGCUCUCUCUACUGCCACGCAGCGGUUGGGCAGGCCGAUGCGGCGCUGCCGCGGCUCUCUUGCAUUGUUGUCGGGGGAAAGGCUGCACCCUGUCAGCGAGCAGCGCUGGGCCCGUCCGCCAUCUUACUGCGCUGCUGUCAAUGAAAGGCGCCGUUGUGCGGAAGUUGAAGGCCUGCAGCCACCUUCUGGCCACGGUCUGCCGGGGGUAGUGGACGGCGCGGCAGGGGGUUUGGGCACUCGAAUUCGGGGCAAGAGAUUCCGGCGGCGCCGAGGACGAGCGCGCCGCCAUUCUCAGUGUUGCGUCGGACCGGCAGGUGUGUGAAGCGGUGGCAGUUUUGGCCGAGGCCCAGGUUGGGCCCGUGCCACAUCACGUGCGGCUAGUGCUGGAAGAGAGGAGUGGAACUGGCCUCAGCGGUUGGAGAGGCCAGUGUGUCUGUGUCUCAGCGCUGCAUGGCUGCGAUGGCGCCCGCUCUCACAGAAGCGGCAACCGAAGCUCACCAUAGGUUCAAACUUGCGACACCAUCCUCAUCCCUAUCUCCCUCAGGCACAACUGACACCGACAACAACAACUCCAUUAAUAACGGAGCCAUAAGGAAGUCUUUUGCAGAGGACCAUAGUCUGGAUUUUCGCAAUAACUCCAGGAAGGAGGUGCUGUCACCACGUUGCUGCUUUGAUGGAGGAUCUCGUCCACCAUCAACACCAGAAUCAGUGAAACUUCAAGGAUCUUUAAGCAAGCACGGAAUUAUAAAGUCUCAUACUGUCUUGUCCCAUUCUUUACUGGAAGCUAGUGUGCUUGGGUCAGAUAUAAUUGAUGGUCAGGUGGCUGUGGAAUUUUCCCCUAAACUUAUUAAAACGAUGAAUGCAGGUAACAGUUAUCCAUCACUGUCCCCUCCCCCAGAACCACCUGUUAAUGGCUUAGCCAAGAAAUCUGGCAAUCCACAUUCAGUUUAUGAUUUGAAUGUUAUAAAGACUGGGCAAAAGUCUGGAUCCAUUCAACAUGAAGAUUUCAGUAAAUUGGCAUGUAUUAUGUCUAGUAAAAUAACAGAAGAGGAUGUGGCAGGGGAAUCAAGAAAACUUAGACAUUUGAGUACUAUUGACGAGGAUUUACAUACAUCAGAGUUGGCCAGACACUUGGAGUUUGGGGAAAAGGAUAUUUCAAAUUUUAAGUCCAUGUCCUCACCAGACUUCUCUGAUGGAGUUUCUGGAAGUACUGAUAGUGCGAGGGAUCUUUCUGCCUCCAGGAUUGACACCUUUAAGAUUCUGGAUACUGAGGUUCACAGAAGGACUUCAAUGACUCAGACCAGACAAAGUGAAAUUAGAAGAAGAGCCUACAAACUUAGGAAGAGACUGGAAGUUGUUCAAGUAAAACAGGUUGAGCGUCAUGUCCAGCAGCAACUAGGAGGAUUUGUAGAAAAAACUCUGCAUCAUCUUUCGCCUUUGAAUUGCUUGAAGCGCCAGGAUGUGUCUCAACAAAAUAAUAUACUUUAUGGUAAUAAAUCUGGUUCCAUUUCUUGGAAAGGGGACAAGAGUGCUUCAGAAACAUUGGAAAAUGUCUUUAAGAGCAGUUCAAUGACUAAAGGGCUUGAAAAGUUUAUUUCAAGCUGUGACUCAAAGCUGCGAUUCAGUGAGGAUGCUUUUGAUUCUGAUGUUACGGAGAGCAGUUCUGGUGGGGAAUCUGAUAUUGAAGAGGAAUCACAAACCAACGUGGAAACAAAGCAAUAUCUUGCGCCUUUGCGGCAAUGCGCAGAAUGGCGGUGGGCAGUGGAACGGGCUGCUAUUGUGAGCCGCUGGAACUGGCUGCAAGCUCAUGUGUCAGAUUUAGAGUAUCGCAUCCGCCAACAAACAGACAUUUACAGGCAGAUCCGUGCCAAUAAGGGUUCAGUUGUGCUUGGAGAUGUUCCCCCCUUGGAAGAUUGCUCCCCAGAUAGAGAAGAAUGUCCAUCUCUAACUGAACGGAAAGCACAUGGUGCUGGAGGCAAUGUUGAGAUGUCAGUCUGUGAACAUUCUUCAUUGCCCAGAAAUGCCGGUAAACAGGUUAUUGCUGCUGUUCAUCCUGUAGAAAAUGUGACAUCUUCCACGCCAACCGAACCAACAAAGACCUGCUGCCACUCCAGACCUGUCAAUGGCAUAGUCAACAGUGUUCACAGCUUGCUUCCUGACAGCAAUUCAGCUGACAGCUCGGAUGCUGAAGAACGACUAAAUAAAAAGCAGAGAUUGAAUACAUUGUCUGUAUCCUGCAAUACCACUUGCACUGCAGCACGGGUUCGUCCACUACUAGCUUGUAAAAAGAGGAGGCUCAUCAGACCCAAUAAUAUUCAGCCACUUAACCAGAAGAACCAGCACCCUCUUACAGUGAAGUGUAACUGUAAUCUCACAACAUCGUGCAUUAUGUGUGGCUCCAAGAAUUCUGAGUCACGAGAAAAUCAAUACAACAUGCCCAUGUCAGAGCGGCUUGCAUUGUUAGAUGCUUGUCUACACCCAGUCCUGUCAUUCUGUGAUGAUAUCCCACUGAAUCUGUACUUGCAACCUAUUCUGAAAGGUUAUCCACAGAAUAAAUCAUUGGAUAAGAGCAAAGCUUCCAAAAAGCUGAUGCUAAAACACAAAGGUUUAUCAGCGUCUUGUCUCUCAGAUCCAACCCAGAAAGCACAGCAAAAACUGACCAACUCCAUACUCGCAUCAGCUAAGUAUGUCCAUAAUAGGAAUCGUACAGAGAAGCCACUUAAGCAACAUUGUGAUGAUUUUCUGUCAGACUCCAAGUUCGAGAACGCUAAUGUACAAGAGAAAUUCCUAAACAAAAGGAGACAGCGUGAACCUUCAUCAGAAGCAAUGGAAGCUCGGCAGGCCCUGUCCGACAUGGGGAGCACAUGUAGUUCUACAGUUAGCUGUCACAGCUCAUCCCACAACCAGCUACUGCGGCCGUUGUCCUCAUCGGAGAGCUCUGCACCAAGUUUAAACAAUACACACACUGUGGCCUCCACCUUGCAAGCAAUCAGAAAACGAAGGGGAGAAAAUUCCUUUGACAUUAACAACAUUGUCAUUCCAAUGUCCGUUGCUGCAACAACUCGUGUAGAGAAGCUUCAAUAUAAAGAGAUCCUCACACCAAGCUGGCGUGUGGUGGACUUAAAAGCUGAUUUAAUUAAUAACAGAUCUGGUGAAGAGGAGCAUGAAGAGAUGGAGGAUCUUUCUGAUGCAGCAUUUAGUUCUCGGCACACAAAAUACGAGGAGUUUGAACGCUCUCGGUGGACAACGUGGUUGGCUUCCCCUGUCCAUGCCCAGAGACGUGGAAGCAGGUCUUACAAAUCAACCGAUGAACAUUCAACCCCUCAUCCUGCUUCUCCUGAUGUCAGUUAUCCCAGUUUUGCAGAUUUAACCCUUUCAGGUUCACCUUCCAGUCCUUCUGCACCACCUGUCAAUCCAGAAACAAAUUAUUUUCCAGUUUCUCAAGAAAAUGUUGCGCGGAUUUCAAAUGAUGGUACACGCUGUUCCACCCCGGAUGUUGGCCAUGAAGAACAGACUGUUCAGCCCUGGGAGAAGCGAAAAUUCCCUCUGUCAGGUGACCCAGGGACAGAACGCGAGAUUCGACCUGCAACUGGCCACAGGCAAACCAGAAACAGUCGGCGAUCAUCUGGAGGCAGUAACAGAGGAAGCAGGGAGUUGGAGAGUGGUGGACUAGCUACAGUUCAGCACGAUGACAAGCAGAAACAUUCUAUAUCUCUACGGCUCUCACACAGAUAAAAAAAAUAGUGGCAGAUACACUUUUCUUGACGUUUGAUAUUCAAACAUCACCCAAACAAAAUUCACAGUUUUAGUGAAUUUAGAGUCCAAUUUAGACAACUUUCUUCUGUUAAAUUUUCUGUCACCAACCUAAGCUAUUCCAACAGAGGUCAGUUUGAGUUAAAUUCUAGGGUAAAAGCUGGAUUGAUUGAUACUUUGGCUGUUGGGGCAUAUUAAUAAACCAAAACAAUUUUUUUUAAACAAUCCAUGUAGUUGCAGAUUAUUGAUCCUUCAAAUCAAUAAUGGAAUAUACAUUCAGCAAUGUUCAAAAACAGUCCAGUUUCAUAACCACUUUGGUACUGUUUUGCUGUCUUAUUGGAGGCCAAGCUGAUGGUUCCUAUUUUGAGCUUUAAAGUGGAGAUCAACUUGGUGCACCUGGGCUAGGUGAGUUGGCCAGUCGUAGGCAACGAUUCAGUUGACUAUGUUCAAAAAGAGGGUUGAUUGCUGUACAGUUAUUUUGCAACGUUACGUACAUCUGCACUCUGGCUGCACCCUUGUGUUCCUGAAUCUACUGAGUUGCCAGCCUGAGGCCAGAUGUUUGAGGGGUUGUCAGUUGGAAAGAGAAUCUUGGGAUAUUGAAACAAAUUCUAGUGAGUAAUUGUAUUGAGUCAGAAGAGGGGCAAAGCAGCAAAAAAUGUACUGAUAACGUUUAUAUCAUCUCAGUAAAGUGAGUUUCCUUGUUAAACCAUUCAGAACCUUGAGACUGCUUCAUGUCCCUUAAUGUCAAAGUCGGUGACGGCCCCUUUCAGGAGCCAUGAAAACAGUGAUAGAGGUGGCUAUUGUGUUUCCAGGUGAUUGCCAUAGUGUAUAAACAGGAAGCAAAAUCACCAUCAGAAGCACAUUGCAAUAUCUUAAUUUGCAUUGCUAGUGAUAAGUUGUCCUGGUGAUGGAUUUUGUUGAAAUGAAGGUUUAACGUUCUCUCUGUAUGGCUGCAUUAUUCAUGAAUCCUUGGGCAACUAUUUCAGCACUUAGGAUCUGGAGUUAUGGAAUGAGAUUACAGUACAAGAACACAAGCUUCAGCAGUUCCAGUUAAAGAAAAUUGUUAAUUGAAUGUCCAUGUAAAACUAUAGCUGAUUUGAGAUGGAAUUUGAUUGUUGGAAAAGCCAAGACACUUCCCCAGAAUGAGGCUGCAAUGUAAAAAUGAGGAAGUUAGGCCUGGCAGCAUCUGGAAAAAACAGGUUAUUUACAUAUAUUUCUAUCAUCUCUGACCAAACUCAUCUCUGUGCUCCCCCUUUCUUUCACAUCUUUAUUAUGGAGUAUCUUAUUUUGACAUUCAGCAUCUGUAUGGAGAACAUUAAAACUUGGUGAGUUGAAUCUCUGGUCACAGACACAUUUGAGCUGACUGAUGUAAUCAGUGGCCAGGAUGACGUUGAGAUGUGCAGGAUUUCACACUCAGAACCCUUUCAGAAUCACAACACCUUCUUUUGUUAAGAAUGGAUUAGCUCUUACCCAAGUGCUGUUAUACUUGAACCUUUUCCAUUUUCUGGCAAUGGUGACACAUUUAUUCAAAAGGCUGCCUGUGUUGCAAACUAAAAAUUGAAAGGUGAAACAGCUGUUUUUGUACAAAAUGUCCAUCAUAGAUGCAUCAGCUUCCACCACAAAUAGGACAGUGCUGUGAUGAUGCUAGUCCUGUGGGAGUAGGUUUCCCCUAUCUGCUGCAGGCACAAGGUUCUGUUAAUGGAUUAGCUUCUCCUCAUGCCCAUCCACAAACAUUCCUGAAGUCUGUGCUAGAGUUUGAAAUUAGCAGGAAAACCCUACUUUUAACUCACCUGUGGUACAGGUGCAAAUCAUUUGGUAGAGUUAGAGGUAGCAUUGAGAGUGUGGGUGUCCUCUUGAUUUGGAGACUGGGUUGGUGUACCCUGAUCCCGUAAUGAUUUGGGGAGGGAGCAGCUGAGUAUGUUUCCUGAUGAAACAGGGUCGACAAUCUGAAGGUAGUUUUGUCCAGCAGGUAGCCCCUAUUGGUCUUUGUUGUGGAAUGGUGAUAGAGUGGAGGGAUGGAAAGAACUUUAUAAAGUGAUGCUGCUGAUGGAGAGUAUAGCAUUAAUGGGCUGUUUCUGUCUUGACCAUCUGAAUCAGGCAGUGUCCUGGUGAAUUGUCUUUACUCAUCACUGACAUUCAGAUACGUCUGACCAAUUUUAAAAUUGCAUUUAAUCGAAACCCUUUCUGGUGAAGCUGGAAAGGAUGAAUGCAAGGUGGAGCAUUUUUGUUGGGUUAUUGAGGUUUCUAAAACUGUUAAGAGUCAGCAUCAGAGAAACCUGAUAAGAUCUGUGGUUUGCCAAAGAAAAGACUUAAUUAGAAAUGGGUCUUAUCAGGGCUGAGCAAAGAGAUUCAUAAAACCCAGUUACUGUAUAGUUUUCUGGAGACCGCUAACAUUUUGGUUUUAACAAGUGGGUCUGUGGUGUGUAAUACAUGGGUAUGUUUUUUUAUGUAUAAAUGAUCAAUUAACCUGGAUUCUUUAGUUCUUCGGGGUGGGGGGAUGGGGGUUGGUAUGUAGGUUUCAAUAGUGACUCUAAAUCAGUAUUAACCUAUAUUUAGGUUCUAUCAAUGUUCCUCCUUUUUCAACACUUAGCAUUCUGUGAAUGCAGAACAUAGGAAACAGCUUGGUGAGAAGCAUUCUCUCAUUCACUCCAGACCAAAUUUAUCUUUUCAACUGGCCAGAUCAUCCCUUGUUGAGGAACAGUACGAAAGUACAAGUUACAUUGUUUUAGUGUAUUUGUUUUCAAGCUGCAGCCUUGGAACUUGAAACUGAAAUUUGUAACUAAAUCAUCAUCAUUAACAACUUCAGACCAUUUUGCAUUAUAGCAUGGAUGAAAUCUAUGUCCCACCAAUUAGUUACACCAAAUCAGCCCAAGGAGUGUGGGGGCCAUUUUGGUUUACAUCGGGAGAGUUCAGGUCUGACCAAAUACCAAUGGCCUGUGUCUGCCACACUGGCUGAUUUUCACCAUGUUUGUUGUAUGACUUCAGUGACUCAAUUGAACAGAUAGUCUACAUUUUCUUAAACGUUUGCAUUCUUUAGCUUUCAACUACUUAAAUUUGUUUGGCGAGAUCCACUGGCCACUUUCCCACUGUUGAAAUAGUUUUGCUUUUCAAUUAUACUCUGAAGGUGCACAGUUUGAGUUUCCUCAGAAUCUGCUUUCAGUUGUUGAAAGAGCAGUGGAUAGGUCAAUAACUUUAGCAAUUUUUUUACAUCUGUUCCUGAAAUAUUGAGUGUAAGUGCUAAUGGAGUUGAAAUAAGUUAUCAAAUGAUCAGGAAAUGCAUGUCUGUGAGGGUCCACGAAUCUUCAUUCCCAUCAGAAGUUCUCAAGCUUCCACCGUCAUUGACACUUGCUGAUGGAUUGACCCUGUCAGUAGGUCAGCCUAUUGUGGUGUAGCCUACUUGUCCACCUGCUCUGUCCUAAGAUGUUACAGAAUUUGUUGGAGAAGCCAUGUGUUGUAUUCCCAUUUCAAAAAUACAUGAUAUUUUGUGUGUGUGCUACAGAUAUGACGGGGCCAGUUCCACUCUUGUCAGUUCCUGUGAUCCAUUUAUUCUGAAAAUUGUUCAGUUAUACUUGUUUCCAUGUGGUGUUGAAAGCUUUGUUAGCCUUGUGCCUGUCUUUAUAUAUUUCCACUUUGGGCAUUGAAAAGUGUAAAGACAAAAUCAGUUUCCUUUUGAUCUUUUUAUAUUAAUUAAAUGAAAGUUAGUUGACUGCUUUGAUUGUAGUGUUCUUACCCUUGUAAAAAAAAUUCUAUUUUGUACAUUUUCUUUUUGAAAGCUGUGUAUGGAGAUAUGGGCUGUCAUUGUCCUCAUUGUAUAGAAUGUUUUUCUUCAUUCAGGAAAGCAGUACUUUAUGAUUUAACCAACCCAAAAGUUAAGCACAAUUUGUGCUUAUAAAAAAAAUAAAAGUUUUAAAAAUA